GAAGGCAGAGGGGAGGCACCAGGCAGUCUCAUGUCACUAUUAAAUGGAAAACCAGAGGAGUCUGAUAGCAAAGCUGUACUUUGCAGCUUCCCCAUGGUUGUGCUUGGUUCCCUUCUCCCCUUGAAGGGUCAGCGAUCCACCCUCACUAUUCUUUUGUCAGCUCUGCCUUAUAUCUUCUUAUAGUAUUUCCAGCAGCCACAGAGUAACUUACAGCAGGCAGGACAGUAGUGAGAGUACAGCCAGGAGCAGGGGAAGCUCACUUUACCAACCCUGUCACUGCCAGCAGCAGCUGCUCACUCCUCUGUCAUCUCUGGAACUAUUGUACAUGAACAGCUGGAACUAGAUCUAUAGUAUCACCUUUAUUGUUUUACUUUUUACACUCCUAUUUGCCGUGGAGCUACAGGUGAAUGUGAAGAGAACAGCAACUUCUAGGACCGUGGUGACAUGCAGACCAUAAGGAUGGAAGAUGAGGCGGUGCUGGACCGAGGGGCUUCGUUCCUGAAGCAUGUCUGUGACGAAGAGGAGGUGGAAGGUCAUCACACCGUCUACAUUGGAGUUCAUGUUCCUAAGAGUUUCAGGAGGAGAAGACGUCAUAGACGCAGAACUGGCCACAAAGACAAAAAAGAGAGAGAUAAAUCAGAGAACUAUUCUGAUGUGGAUAAAUCUGAUACUGAAAAUGUAGAUGACCACAGCUCCAACAUCCUUAAACCCCUCAUCUCACCAGCUGCUGAACGCAUACGCUUCAUCUUGGGUGAAGAAGAUGACAGCCCGGCUCCCCCGCAGCUCUUCACUGAGCUUGAUGAACUAUUAUCCGUUGAUGGCCAAGAAAUGGAAUGGCAGGAAACAGCCAGAUGGAUAAAGUUUGAAGAGAAGGUGGAGCAGGGCGGAGAAAGGUGGAGUAAGCCCCAUGUUGCCACACUGUCCUUGCACAGCUUGUUUGAACUGCGGACAUGUAUAGAAAAAGGGACAAUACUACUUGAUCUAGAAGCCAAUUCACUCCCACAAGUAGUUGAGAAAAUCCUUGACAACCAGAUUGAGACAGGCCUGUUGAAGCCAGAGAUGAAGGAAAAGGUGACCUACACGCUGCUGAGGAAGCAUCGGCACCAGACAAAGAAAUCCAACCUGCGCUCCUUGGCUGACAUAGGGAAAACAGUCUCCAGUGCAAGUAGGAUGUUUACCAGCCCUGAUAAUGGAGGGAGAGAGGAAGGCUUGAUGAAAAACUCAUUCCUUUCAGCACGUAGCCCUCUAGAGAACUCUGUGCCCUGCCUGGCAACCCGCAUGUCGGAUGACGAUCUCCGAGUGCGGCGCAGCCCCAGCAUGGGAUGGCUCAGCAGCCCAACAAUGACUCACCGAAAUGUGACAUCCUCUAGUUUGAAUGACAUUUCAGAUAAACCCGAUAAGGAUCAACUAAAGAACAAAUUCAUGAAAAAAUUGCCAAGAGAUGCUGAAGCCUCCAAUGUACUUGUUGGAGAGGUUGAUUUCUUGGAGAAUCCUUUCAUUGCUUUUGUACGUCUAAAGGAUGCAAUUAUGUUCGGCUCCCUGACAGAGGUUCCUGUACCCACACGAUUUCUUUUUAUCCUGUUGGGACCAAAAGGAAAAGCCAAGUCAUACCACGAGAUUGGAAGAAGUAUCGCUACCCUGAUGUCCGAUGAGGUAUUUCAUGACAUUGCCUAUAAAGCAAAAGAUAGGCAGGACCUGAUUGCUGGAAUCGAUGAGUUUCUGGAUGAGGUAAUUGUCCUUCCACCUGGUGAGUGGGACCCUACAAUAAGGAUAGAACCGCCUAAGACCCUUCCAUCUUCUGAUAAGAGGAAAAAUAUGUACGCCGGUGGGGAGAACAUACAGAUGAAUGGAGAUGCUCCUCACGAUUCUGGACAUGGAGGUGAAGGGCAUGGUGACUGUCCAGAGCUACAAAGAACUGGACGGUUUUGUGGAGGGUUAAUUGAGGACAUCAAAAGGAAAGCACCCUUCUUUGCUAGUGACUUCUAUGAUGCAUUAAGUAUCCAAUCACUUUCAACCAUGCUUUUUAUUUACCUGGGAACUGUGACCAAUGCUAUUACCUUUGGAGGACUUCUUGGAGACGCCACAGAUAAUAUGCAGGGCGUAUUGGAAAGCUUCCUCGGCACUGCAGUUGCGGGUGGUGUUUUUUGCCUUUUUGGUGGUCAACCACUUACAAUUCUGAGCAGUACAGGACCUGUCCUUGUGUUUGAAAGACUUUUGUUCAAUUUCAGCAAAGAUAAUGAGUUUGACUACUUGGAGUUCCGCUUGUGGAUUGGCCUGUGGUCAGCUUUCUUAUGUCUCAUCCUGGUGGCUACAGAUGCUAGCUCAUUGGUCAAGUAUUUCACACGUUUCACAGAAGAAGGAUUUGCCUGUCUCAUCAGCUUCAUCUUCAUUUACGAUGCAUUUAAGAAGAUGAUCCACUUUACCGAUUAUUACCCAAUCAAUUCAAAUUUCAAAAUUGGUGAUGUCACUCUGUUGAGUUGCACAUGUUUCCCUCCAGACCCGAGUAACAGUUCAUUCUUCAAUGGGACUACGGCAUUCCCACUGGACUACUUUAAUGUGACUACAGAGGAUCCAUACCACAACAGCUCUAUUGUUUGGGAAAAUCUAACCAAGAAACAAUGUCUCAAAUACGGUGGUAAAGUGCUUGGUAACAAUUGUGACUAUGUUCCUGAUAUCACAUUAAUGUCCUUUAUCCUGUUCUUCGGCACGUACACAUGCUCAAUGGCUCUGAAAAAAUUUAAGACCAGCCGGUAUUUCCCAACAACUGCCAGGAAACUCAUCAGUGACUUUGCCAUCAUCUUGUCAAUAUUGAUUUUCUGUGGAAUUGACGCACUUGUCGGAGUUGAUACACCAAAGCUGAUUGUACCUAGUGAGUUUAAACCAACAAGUCCUAACAGAGGCUGGUUUGUCCCACCAUUUGGAGGAAACCCGUGGUGGGUAUAUCUAGCGUCAGCUCUUCCUGCUCUUCUUGUCACCAUCUUAAUCUUCAUGGACCAACAGAUUACAGGCGUCAUUGUCAACAGGAAGGAAAACAAGCUUAAGAAAGGGGCUGGGUAUCACUUGGACCUGUUUUGGGUAGCCAUCUUGAUGAUUGUGUGCUCCUUUAUGGCUCUUCCUUGGUAUGUGGCUGCGACUGUUAUCUCUAUUGCCCACAUUGACAGCUUGAAAAUGGAAACUGAGACUUCUGCUCCUGGAGAGCAACCAAAGUUCUUGGGAGUGAGGGAGCAAAGAGUUACAGGUAUCAUGGUGUUCCUGUUGACUGGCAUCUCUGUAUUUAUGGCACCUAUCUUGAAGUAUAUCCCAAUGCCUGUUCUGUAUGGUGUCUUCUUGUACAUGGGUGUGGCUUCCCUCAAUGGAGUACAGUUCAUGGACCGCCUGAAGCUUCUCUUGAUGCCUGCCAAGCAUCAGCCAGACUUCAUCUAUCUACGCCAUGUUCCUCUGCGCAGGGUGCACCUCUUCACUUCCAUUCAGAUCGUAUGUCUCGCACUUCUUUGGAUCUUGAAAUCCACAGUGGCUGCAAUUAUAUUCCCUGUUAUGAUCCUUGCGCUUGUAGCAGUGAGAAAAGCCAUGGACUACCUCUUUUCCCAACAUGACCUAGGCUUCCUUGAUGAUGUCAUCCCUGAGAAAGACAAAAAGAAGAAAGAAGAUGAGAAAAAAAAGAAAAAGAAGAAGGGAAGUGUGGACAGCGACAAUGAUGAUUCUGACAUCCCUUAUUCAGAAACAGUCCCCAGUAUAAAAAUCCCAAUGGACAUCAUGGAACAAGAACCAUUCCUAACUGAUAGCAAACCUGGUGAGAGAGAAAAACCAUUUACAUUCCUUGAACGACACACAUCGUGCUGAUACUCCUCCAUUUCUUCAGCCACAUAUGCCAAGCUCUCCGAUUACUCCCAUACGAAUUGUGCCUGAAAUUAGGAUCCAGAUGGAUCCAGAUGACGAUAUUUGUUUCUGGAGAGGCCAUGGAACGGAGACAACAUUGUGAACCUAUCUUUCUCUGACUUUUUAUCGUCACUAGCCAAAUUAUAAACAUCUUACACUCUUC